AUGGAUGUCCGUGCACUGGAGCCUACUCUCGCGUUGUCCCCUGUCCAAUUGGCCCUCUUUGCACAAAAGGCUUCGCUUGCAAUCCGCCCUGGAAAUCGUACACUGAGACCACGUGUAUUCACGUGGAUCUUUGUACUUCACGAACUCUUUGUGGACCUGUUACACGAGAUGACGAUUAUGCUGAACCGUAUCCAUGUCGCGGCG